CGUGCGCCGCCUUUUAUAGACGUCCGCCCACCGCAGGUAGCCCCUGCAAGCGCCUGUUGGGGCUUUCCCACCUGACCGUUCGAGGAUGGGGGAAAAAACACAGCUGCCGCUGCUUCAUAGUGGACCUUGGCCAUGUCCAGCUCCCGGAGGGCCCUGAUUGGAGUGGGCCAGAUGACCGCCUCCGCAGACAAGGAGCACAAUUUCCAGCAGUGCCAGGAGCUGGUGAGGGUGGGGGCAGCCCGUGGGGUCCGCAUGCUCUUCCUGCCUGAGGCCUUCGAUUACAUCGCACCCAGCACUGAGGAAACCCUCCACCUCGCCGAGGGUCUUGAGGGGGAGCUGGUAGAGAGAUACCGGCAGCUGGCCAGGGAGUCGAGGCUCUGGCUGUCCCUGGGUGGGUUCCACGAACGAGGACCACGCUGGGAUCAGGACCGGCGAAUCUACAAUACCCACCUGCUACUUGACGACUCGGGACAAACUGUGGGGCUCUACCGAAAGACCCACCUCUUCGAUGUGGAUCUCCCGGGUCAGGUCUCACUCAAGGAGAGCAGCUUCACCAUUCCGGGACCACAAAUUGAGCUGCCGGUUACAACUCCAGUUGGCAAGAUUGGACUUGCUAUUUGUUAUGAUCUUCGAUUCCCAGAAAUAUCUCGUACUCUAGCUGAUGCUGGAGCAGAAAUUCUUACAUUCCCAUCUGCUUUUACAUUAACGACUGGCAUGGCACAUUGGGAGACUCUCCUGCGGAGCCGGGCGAUCGAGACACAGUGCUAUGUGGUUGCGGCUGCACAGACAGGCCGGCACAAUGACCGCCGCUUGUCCUUCGGCCACUCCAUGGUGGUGGACCCCUGGGGCUGUGUGUUGGCCCAGUGUGGACAGGGCCCCGGUCUCUGCUGUGCUGAGGUCGACCUGGACUACCUGCGUCAGGUGCGCCAACAGAUGCCCGUGACCCAACACCGGCGGAACGAUCUCUACGGGAGUGUGGGUGAACCUCCAUUCCUAAGCUGACUGUUCUCCUCACACUCUCACCAUCGUUAAUCAGGCACCAGAACUCUCUGUGUUCAUCACAUCUUAUACCCCUGCUGCUGUCAAUAAAGGAAAUAUUACCAGGA